CAAAAAUUUUCGCUGAGCAGCAGUUUUCAUUCGCGAGUUCGUCGGUCGGUCGCCUUGUUGAAAAAUUGUGCUACUGUUUGUGCAAUCAUCUGAACAAUCAUUCAUUUUAUAUUUAUACUUUCACUGCAUUGGCAAGAUAAAACUUAAGCGUAUCUUUUGCGUUGUUGGAAAAGCUUGUACGGUGGUGCGUUUCUUGUCCCUUUAGUUUCGUUUAAUGUAUCAACAACUUUGCCGUCGCGUCUCAUGGACUACAGUGCGUGAGGGAAAUCUGCUAGCAGCAAGGAAUUCUUUGCUCGUUCGAGCUUCGGGAAGAUUUGUGCACAACAGUAGCAGCAGGUCGCAUCAAACCGGAAGUGCCACUAGCAACAUCGCCAUGGAGACGACCUUGGCCAACAAUAUACCACUGCCGAAGCUGUCGAACGGAACGGUCGCGAUGGGAGCUGGAAAGCUGACCCGGUUCGAUAACAUAACUAAGUCCCAACAGGACAGCCGCAACUACCGGGGACUGCAGCUGGAGAAUGGUCUGAAAGUGCUGUUGAUUUCCGAUCCCAGCACGGACAAGUCGGCGGCUGCGCUUUCGGUGGAAGUGGGCCAUCUGAGCGAUCCGGACGAGAUUCCCGGGCUGGCGCACUUCUGCGAGCAUAUGCUGUUCCUGGGGACGAAGAAGUACGUAAACGAGAACGAUUACAUGUCUUUUCUGUCGGAGAACGGAGGAAGCUCGAAUGCGGCGACCUACGCGGACACUACCAAGUAUUACUUCGAUGUUGUCCCGGAGAAGCUACCGGAGGCAUUGGAUCGAUUUUCGCAGUUCUUCAUUGCUCCACUGUUCACGGAAUCGGCCACUGAGAGGGAGAUCAAUGCAGUCCACUCAGAACACGAGAAAAACCUCUCAAUGGACGUCUGGCGCAUCCGCCAGGUGAACAAGUCGCUGUGCGAUCCGAAACAUCCGUACAACAAGUUCGGCACCGGAAGCAAGAAGACCCUGCUGGAAGAUCCCAAAAUCAGCAACAUCAACAUCCGGGAAGCACUGAUGGAAUUCCAUGCCAAAUGGUACUCGGCCAACAUCAUGAGCCUGGCCGUCUUCGGGAAAGAAUCGCUAGAUGAGCUGGAGGCGAUGGUAGUGGGAAUGUUUUCCGAAAUCGAGAACAAAAAUGUGACGUCCCCGCAGUGGAAGGAUCUGCCCUACAGCGAGGAUCAGUUAGCAACCAAGACGAAGGUCGUUCCGGUGAAAGACUCCCGUUCGCUGACGAUUACGUUCCAAACGGAAGAUCUGGAACGCCAUUACCGUGCUGGACCGGAACACUACGCCAGCCAUCUCAUUGGGCACGAAGGUGCCGGAAGCAUUCUGUCCGAGCUGAAGGCCAAGGGCUGGUGCAACAAUCUGGUCGGAGGCUACAGCACGAUUGGCCGCGGGUUCGGAUUCUUCGAGGUCAUGGUCGACCUCACCCAGGACGGGUUCGAACACGUUGACGACAUUGUGAAGAUAAUUUUCCAAUACAUUAACAUGCUGAAGAAGGAAGGUCCCCAGAAGUGGAUCUUCGAGGAGUACUUCGAUUUGUGCGAGAUGCAGUUCCGCUUCAAAGACAAGGAGAAUCCGCUCUCGUUGGUUUCCAGCGUGGUGCAUUCGAUGCAGAGCUACCCGCUGGAGGAGGUCCUAGCGGCACCGUAUCUGAUAUCCGAGUGGCGUCCGGAUUUGAUCGAGGACCUGUGGAAUAAGUUCUAUCCGCAGAACGCGAGGAUCACCGUAGUGGGGCAGAAGUGCGAGGCUAAGGCGAACUGUGAGGAGGAGUGGUACGGUACGAAGUACUCUACCGAGAAAAUUGAUCCGAGCGUGCUUGAGGAGUGGGCCAAAUCUGACCUGAAUGGCAACUUUCAUCUGCCUGAGCGGAAUCCGUUCAUUCCGACCAAUUUCGACCUGCUGCCGGUCGAUGCGGACAUCCAGAGCAUGCCGGUGAUUAUCCACAACACCCCGAUGAUGCGAGUGUGGUUCAAACAGGAUGUCGAAUUCCUCAAGCCCAAAACGUUGAUGAAUUUGGACUUUUGCAGUCCGAUCGUGUACUCGGACCCACUCAACUGCAACCUGACGCAUCUGUUUGUGCAGCUGUUCAAGGAUCACUUGAACGAAUACCUGUACGCGGCCAGCUUGGCCGGGCUGCGGUUGAUGGUGGCCAACACUACUUAUGGCGUUAGCGUAUCAAUCGGAGGAUACAGCCACAAGCAGCACAUUCUUCUGGAGAAAGUUCUGGAGGAUAUGUUCAACUUCAAGAUCGACGAAAAGAGGUUCGAAAUUCUGAAGGAGCAAUACAUAAGGAAUUUGAAGAACUAUCAAGCUGAACAACCGUACCAGCAUGCUGUGUACUAUUUGGCCCUUUUGCUCACCGAGCAAGCAUGGUCCAAGCAGGAGUUGAUCGAUGCCUCGGAAUUGGUUACCGUCGAACGAUUGCGCAGCUUCAUCGAUGAGCUCCUAUCGCGGAUGCAUGUGGAGUGCUUCAUCUACGGCAACGUAAACAAAGAGAAAGCCCUGGACAUUUCGAGUAAGGUUGAAGAUAAACUGAAGAAUACGGACGCCAGCGUGGUGCCUCUUUUGGCUCGACAGUUGAUGCUGAAACGGGAAUACAAGCUGAAUAACGGUGAAAACUGUCUAUUCGAAAUGACCAACGAAUUCCACAAGAGUUCAUGUGCCGAACUGUACCUGCAGUGCGGAAUGCAGAGUGACCAAGCGAACGUGUACGUCGAUCUGGUCACGCAAAUCCUGAGUGAACCGUGCUACAAUCAGCUCCGAACCAAAGAACAGCUCGGCUACAUCGUGUUUUGCGGCUCGCGUAAAUCUAACGGCGUCCAGGGAAUUCGCGUAAUAGUUCAAUCGGCUAACCAUCCGGCGUUCGUCGAGGAGCGGAUAGAGCAUUUCUUGAACGGGAUGGUUGACUAUCUGGAGAACAUGACCGAGGAGGAGUUCAAACGACACAAGGAAGCGCUGGCCGCCAUGAAGCUGGAGAAACCGAAGCGACUGUCGACUCAGUUUUCGAAGUUUUUGAACGAAAUCGCCCUGCAGCAGUAUCAUUUCAACCGGGCACAGGUGGAGGUGGCAUUCUUGCAAACGCUCACCAAGCAGCAGAUCGUCGACUACUACAAGGAGUACAUCGUAAAAGACGCCUCCCUGCGGCGAUCUCUCUCGAUCCAUGUGGUGUCCACAGCCGAGGGUGGCGCCGGUCACAAAGACGCCUCCGCCGACGUGGCCAAACAAUCAACGGGCGAUGCCAGCACGCAGAAAGACUUUGUCAAGGUUUCCGACCUGGCCGGGUUCAAAUCCACCCGGGCACUGUAUCCCAUGGUGCAGCCAUACAUCGACAUCAAACCAAAGGGUAGCAAGUGUAAGCUUUAAACGACUAUUGUUCAUCGGUUUGUAAGUACUUUUCCACAGUCUCUAAUGCUAUUCUAUAUUGUAUAUCUCAUUGAGUAUAACGUGCGGUGCUGAUAUAGUGUCAUCCAGUUUUUGUCCAAUGAGACCGAUCUUGUAACGAGACGUUAUUGCGUGUUGUUUUGUAGAUAGUUUUUGUUUUUCGGUUGUACAUUUUCGUGACAAUUAUGUUUAACUUGGGAUUCUUAGCAGAAAAGAAGAAUGUCUGACAUUCGAUAUUGAUUGAAAGAUUAGUUUUAUUCAGUAGAUACAUAACACAUGUUUGCAUACAGUUUUAUUAACAAUCCACAACUGAGGGCUAUCUUAAAUGGCAUAUUGUCGUUUGACAUAACAAUCAUUUGACAUGCAUAAUAUAAAACAACCCAUUAAAAAAAAGGAACAUAAGUAUGAUUGGACCAAAUGGCUCUACCAAGGGGGAUUAACUUAUGAUCAUUAAGCAUUUAUGCCAAACGACCUAAUGCCAUACGGACGCUCUGUAAUCUUCGCUAACC